CUUUUCCAUGCUAUUUUUUGUAACCCAUUCUGCGAGCGGCCGUGCUGACCGGUUUUCACCAUGGCUCCCCCACGCACUGGCUAUGCCACUCUGAAGACUGUCAUGAUUUGCUUCAACGCCAUUGUCUUUGUUGUCGGCUGCACCAUGGUGGGAUUUGGCCUGUGGAUUAAACUGGGAAGCGCCUCCUUCGUCAGGGUCUUGGGCACCACCUCGGUGUACUUUGCCCACGUCGGGUACUUCUGCAUCGUGGUGGGCAGCGUGCUGGUCGUGCUGGGGUUCAUGGGCUGCUGGGGCGCAGUGAAAGAGAACAGAUGCCUCCUGCUGACGUACUUCUUAAUAAUGCUGGUCAUCUUCAACGCCGAAAUCACAGCAGCUGUCAUCGUAUUUGCUUUCACGUCGUUCGCUCGCAGCAUCGUCCUAGACAAAUCGCUGACUGCCUUGAAGAAGAAAUACAGCAGCUACAAACACGAUGAUAUCGUGUCCUAUGGCUGGAACGCAUUCAUGCUGAAGCUGAACUGCUGCGGGGUUCAUAACUACACAGACUUUUCCGGCUCUGCCUUUCAAAUACGGACCAAUCUGACUUAUCCCAAAAGCUGCUGCAAAGAUCCAAUGAGCUCCGCAUGCAACGGACGCAACAUCAGCAGUGUGGUCAUCAACCAGGAGGGCUGCUUCCCUAAGCUGGUUUCCCUGAUCAAAGAGAAGAGCCUAUUGCUUGGUGGAGCUGCCACUGGAGCUGCCCUGCUGGAACUAGCAGCUAUGAUGGUCUCCUUAAUGCUGUACGUUAAACUGGGAUGACAACAUUUGAGGAAACACAGCAGGAGGACUUCCCAAACACUUGGAAUUGUGUUGCAUCAGGGCCGGGGGGGGGGGAACACACACCACACUACCACAAAGCUGAAAUAGUAGCAAGCACUAACGAUCCUGCCCCAGAGCCGUCACUGCAACUUUGCCACUGACUUGCGUAGGAGCAAGACCAUUCAUUUGCCCAGUUUUCAAGCUCCAUAGUUACAGAACAGAAAAUCCUGGGAGCCAUAUCAAUAUACAGGAUCAAAGUUUCUCCAGAG